AUGGCUUGUCCAAAUCAGUUUAUGGGUGGCCCUUCUAUAACAGAAGUUUGCCCAUCAACAAGAGCGUCAACUGUAUUAUUUUUGUAUAUUGUAAACAAUUUAAUUGACAUAAGCCCGGCAAUUGCUGAUCCCUGUGGUCGUGUUACUGCUGACGAAAAGCCACGUGACGUUUAUGAUUUUAUUGUAAUUGGAGGAGGAGCUGCAGGAAGUGCAGUUGCAGGUAGGCUAAGUGAAGUUCCUAGUUGGAGAGUGUUAUUACUUGAAGCUGGUCCUGAUGAACCGGCUGGUGCUGAAAUUCCGUCGAAUUUUGGAGUUUAUAUCGGCAGUAGUCUCGAUUGGAAAUACAAAACGACUAAUGAAACUCAUGCUUGUCUGGCGCAAAAAGGGUCAUGCAACUGGCCUCGUGGACGUAAUCUCGGUGGGACAACAGUUCACCAUGGGAUGGCUUAUCAUCGGGGCAACGCUAAAGAUUAUGAAAAUUGGGUUGCCAUGGGCAAUGAAGGAUGGUCAUGGGCAGAAGUUUUACCAUUUUUCCUGAAGUCAGAAAACAAUUCAGAAAUAAAUCGUGUUGGUCGUCAAUAUCAUGCAACUGGAGGUCCGAUGACAGUUGAAAGAUUUCCAUGGAAACCAGCAUUCGCUGAUGCAAUAUUAAAAGCUGCCAAUGAAACAGGAUACGGAACAACAGAAGACAUGGUUGGUGAAAAAAUUCAUGGUUUUACAGUUGCUCAAACAAUGAGUAAAAAUGGAGUGCGACAGAGCACAGCAUCAGCAUUUCUCCGUCCAAUUCGCAAUAGGAAAAAUCUCAAUAUAGUGCUUAAUUCUACCGCCACUAAAAUAUUGACUAGAAAACAAAAGGUUAUUGGAGUUGAAUAUUUUAUGAAUGGUAAAAUUCAUAAAGCAAAGGUCACUCGGGAAGUUGUAGUCUCAGGAGGUGCCGUAAACUCUCCUCAACUUUUACUUUUAUCCGGUAUCGGUCCGAAAGAGCAACUUGAUUCUUUAGGGAUUCCUGUCGUUCUUGACUUACCAGGAGUUGGAAAAAAUCUUCACAAUCAUGUUUCUUAUAAAUUAGAUUUUAUACUCGCCAAUGAACCUAAUUCAGAAGGAUUUAAUUUAGAUAAUGUAAGUCAGUAUAUACGUAAUCAAACGGGACCAUUAUCGUCAUCUGGAUUAGCUCAAGUGACCGCUAUUUUAUCAUCACGUUACACAACACCAGACUAUCCAGAUUUACAAAUUUUUUUUUCGGGUUUUCAAGCUUCGUGUCGUGAGAAUGGUAAUGUAGAUCUUACCAAUUAUUAUAAUAAAAGAACAGUCAGAUUCACAGCAGUCAAUCUACAUGCUAAAAGUAGAGGAAUUAUAAGUUUGGCAAGUAAAAAUCCACUGGAGCAUCCUAUAAUUUGGAGUAAUGAUCUUGCCGAUCCUGCAGACGUUGACGUAUUGAUCGAUGGUAUUCAUGUUCUUAUUAAUAUUGCAAAUUCAAGUACUAUGAAAUCACUAGGUCUUACUCUUGCAAGCCAACCAAUCGAUGAAUGCAAGAAAUAUAAAUUUCUUUCUGAUAACUAUUUCAAAUGUGCCGUUCAUAUAGACACACGUACAGAAAAUCACCAGAGUGGUACAUGUAAAAUGGGACCUACUUCCGAUUCAUUCGCUGUCGUUGAUCCAUAUCUUAGAGUACAUGGUAUUCAAGGACUUCGUGUUGCAGAUGCUUCUGUUAUGCCAAAGGUUGUCUCAGGAAAUCCUCAAGCAACAGUUACGAUGAUAGGUGAGAGAGCAGCUGAUUUUAUUAAAAAAACCUACAGUAAAUGUUCUUAUUUAUAAAUAAUUGAAUUUUUUUUUAAAAGUUUAUCGUUUAUUAUAAAUUUAUAAUAAUAAUUUUAUUCUGGAUUGUUAAAAUAAAUUAUCAUGUACUAGCACA